AGUUUGCGUGUACGUUGCUCAGUUGGGUGUUGAUCUUGAACUUGAACACAACGUAUCAAACCUGCAGAAACAACUAACAAAUAGCGUAAGCGGAGUUUUCACCUUAGAGGCGCUGUGUCAAUCGAUUAUUUAUUCCACUGAACGAUGUUCUGUUGCGGCACGCUGCUCGUCGGACUGCUCAUACUGUACAUCAUCUGGGAUGUUAACUAUUUCAUCCGGUGUGUAGUUACGCUGGGUUACGGUGUGCUGUUCCAGCGGAAGCGCAAGAUAACAGACCAGACCACGAUCUACGGCCUGUGUACCACCCAGGAUGUGGACAUCUUUAUCCGCCACAUGAACAACGCUCGCUACGUUCGAGAGUUGGACUUCGCCCGGUUCCAUUUUUACGCACUGACGGGAAUCUACGGUAAAAUCAAAGCAAAGGGUGGCGGUGCUGUGCAGGGCGCCUCCAGUGUACGCUACCGGCGGACAAUUCCAAUCUUCAACGCGUACAAAAUCAACACCCGGUUGGUCUGGUGGGACGCGAAGGCUAUUUAUUUGGAGCAGCAGUUUGUAACCCUCGGCGAUGGGUUCGUUCGGGCGGUGGCCAUGUCCAAGCAGUGUAUCACGAAGGUUGACGUGACGGAGCUGAUGAAGACUUACCCGGGGGUGGAGAAGCAACCGGACAUGCCGGAGGAUCUAAAGCAGUGGCUAGAUUCGAUUGAAACAUCCAGCCAGAAACUGCGAAAGGAAAAAUAGGGCGGUUUCGAAUGAAAAAAGGUAGAAUUUUAAAGGUUCAGUGUGUGUGAAAACUAUAGUUUGCUUUGACACAGCAUUUAGAUUGUACGGUUAUCCAAAUUUUUUAUUGCAUCGGUGCAGUGAAUUUCUAAUAAAAAAUAAUACAUCUUUGUUCCAAA